AGUUCUGUAGAUUACAACCUGCCAUAUGUGCAGAGUUUUAAACAUCUGCUGAAGUUUUCUAAAACAAGGAGCUACAUCUACACCUGUCAGCCACACAAACACCUCUGAGCUGUAAAAUAAGUCAAAGUUACACAAACUGUAACUGUUUACGUAACUUCAUCUCUGCAGGAUGAAGGUGUGGAUAGGAGUCACCCUGCUGAUAGCAGUCGCUAUUCUGCUUGUGAUGAGUCAACUGCUGCCCUGGCCCUUUCACUUACACAACAAUGACACGGUGCAGAGAAUUUACAUCGGCUCCAUGGGAAUCAGCAACCAGCGAUUCCUGCAAGAGCAUGAAGACCCCAGCAGCUCAGAGUUUACUCAGCUGGCCACUCAAGUCAGCCAACAGCUCAAACUGAUUUACUCCAAAAACUCAGUGCUGGGCAAAUACUUCAACCGCAACUCCGUCCAGGCCUUCAGUGAGGGUGACAGCGGGGACAACAGCAUUGUGGUGUAUUAUGAGUCGGAGUUUGAUGUCCCCGUCCCUGAACAGACCACUGUGGAUGAAGCCAUUGAAUCUCUGGAGCCUCCAGCAGAAAGUGAAUGGAGCCAACAGGGACAAGGGCUGCUGAAACCCAGUGACACCCUGAACAUCAGCAGCAUCAUCUCACAAGUUAUAGAUCCACGCUUGAUCAGGUCCAAAUUAACUAAGAGGAAGUUCUUCAACAUCCAUGUCAGGAAUCGUGGAAUUGUGCAUUCUCCGGGGUUUCCAGACUAUCCUUAUCCUCCAAAUGCCAACUUCCAGUGGAGGCUUCGGGCGGAACCCGGCCACCGAGUUAGGCUCGACUUUCACACUCUGAUCUUGGAGGACGACUGUCAGCGCGACUUCAUCAAAGCCUAUGAUUCGCUGGCUCCCAUAGAGAAACGUGCUCUGACAGAACAGUGUGGGAAUCCUCAAAAGUCAUUGUCCUUCUUCUCUUCUGGAAACGUCAUGUUACUGACGCUGGUCACAAAUGAGAAGGAAAACUUCCCUGGUUUUGAAGCAAGCUACUCCCAGAUUCCUUUGGCUAAACGAACUUGUCCAGGAAUGUUCCAGUGCAGCAAUAACAAGUGCGUCAGCAAGAGUUUUCAAUGUGACGGCUGGGACCAUUGUGGUGACAACAGCGAUGAAAUCAACUGCACUUGUCCAGGAAAAUUCCAGUGCAACAAUAACAGAUGCGUCAGCAAUACUUCUCAAUGUGAUAGCUGGGACGAUUGUGGUGACAACAGCGAUGAAAUCAACUGCACUUCAGUGGUGUGCUCAGUGUUCACCUUCCACUGCAGUAAUGGACUCUGCAUCAGCAAACUGAACCCAGAGUGUGAUGGAGUGCAGGACUGUGAGGACGGCUCUGACGAGGCUAACUGUGAUUGCGGUACGAGUUUGUACAGUAGCACUCGUAUUGUGGGGGGUCGGGGAGCUAAUGUGGGCGAGUGGCCCUGGCAGGUGAGCCUCCACUUCAAGGGGCUAGGACACAUGUGUGGAGCCUCUGUGCUGAGUGACCGCUGGCUGCUGACUGCUGCCCACUGCGUCCAAGACACUACAGUUUACAAGUAGGAGCUCUAUUUUAAGUGAUAAAUAUUGCUGCAAAUGUUGUAAAGUGUAAGGAUUUGAGCAAAUUUGUCAAGGGCCAAAUUGUGAUGGCUAGGUGACUGCGUCAGAGCAUCUCCAAAACUGUCUCUCCUGUAGUUCCCAGUCUGCAGUGGUCACUAUGUACCUUGUGGCGGGGCGUGCUUUGUAGAUGCCACGCAGGUGCGUCCAUUGCACCUGCAGCAGGAAACUCGCCACAUACCUAUAAUGGUCCAAGGAAGGAACAGUGGGGGAUUAACGAUCUAGCAUCUGUGGGAUGUGCUGGACAUAAAUGCCCCACUUUGAAAAAACUUCAGUUGAUCCAAAGUGCAGCAACGAAAGUACUGACAAGGACUAGAAAAGAGAGAGCAUGUUUCUCACUCAUUGGAUCCUUGUUAAAUCCAGAAUUAACAUUAAAAUCUUUCUCAUUACAUAAAAGACCUUGAAUAAUGAGACCCCAUCUAAUGCCCAUAGUAUCAUAUCACUGCAAUAGAGCACUUCGUUCACAGACUGCAGGCUUACGCCUUUUUCCUAGAGUAUUUAAAAGUGGCCCCGCCCCUCCCCGAGCCUGUUUCUGCCCGAGGUUUCUUCCUAUUAAAAUGGA